AUGGCCACUGGAGCUGCCGGCGACGGCUUAUUCCGGAGCCUGCUCGAAGGCUGCAUUACCGCCGCGGACACCGGGAUCCAGCGCCGCCCCUACCACCGCAACUGUGGCUGCGCUCUCCACAACUCCGCCGGCCACUGCCCCCACCGCUCCAGAUACGAUAAGAUCUCCUACCCGAUCCGCCGCUCCUGGAGCGAAGGAUCGCUCUCGCUGAUCGGCCAGUCCUCGCUGUCUCCUUCCUCCUCCCCCGCAUCGGCAUCGGAGUCGGCGGAGAUUCCGAGGACAGCGUCGCAGUUGGCGCUGUGCAGAGCGGCAGAGGAUGAUGAGGUGAGUGAUUCGCCCAAAGCGUGA